GUUUAAAAARUAAUCGUAUGUAUAAAAUAUAUGAAACAAGGACGUCAAUUUCUCAGUAUUUUUCGUAUAAUAUCCCAAUAUUUGCUACAGURAUAAAAAAAAAAAGAAAAUAUCAAAAUUUAUUUACAACCCCGGAAUUAUGUCCAAAGACGGCGUACCAUAUAGGCAAAAUAUAUACGAUGACUUAUUGUUUAUAGGUGUCGAUCAGUAAACUGGAGCUGGCAGAAAUCAGCGCAAAAUGCGAGAGGUACAUUGGCACGGCAGGUGGUGGUAUGGAUCAAGCGAUAGCCGUGAACGCCAAACAAGGUUAUGCGGCCCGCAUCGACUUCAAUCCGUUGGUGGUCAAACAAUUCCGGCUCCCAGCCGACGCAAAGUUCGUCGUGGCUCAGAGUUUAGCCGUCAAGAACAAAGCGGCAUCGAAUGACUUCAACACGAGAGUAGUGGAAUGUAGACUGGCUUCACAGGUAAAUAUUUCUUAUGGCCUAUUCGAAAAGGUCCGGCACAUAUGACGGAUGUGGUGUACUGAUAAUAUGUCAUAUUCCAUCUGC